CUCUUCUGAUUAGAAAACAUCUACUCAUUGAUUCUUCUGAGGGAAUUUAAGAAUCUUUAAAGUGGCGGACUUUGAUCGAUUUAAGGACCACGGGCUGGAGGAGUGCCAAGACGUGAACUUUGCCCAGCAGUUUGAUUGAUGUGAGCCAGGAAAGACACUAAGCUAACAGUAAUGGAAGGUUGUGUAGAGCAGCUCCAGAAGUGAUGCGUUCUUCACUGACACCGAUGUUCCAGAACAGCAGAAAAAAUGGUACUGAAUAUUUCAGCAGGGAUCAGGAGUCUUCAGGCGCGUCUUUUCCUUUUGUCCUGUUUACUGUGUGCAGCUGGAGACGAGACGGUCACACUGCAGGAAGUGGAAGGAACCACUAUAACUCUCCAUACUGGGAUAACUGGAAUUCAGAGUGAUGCUCAGAUUCUGUGGUUUUAUGGACCUGAGAAAGCAGAGGAAAAGAUAUUGAACAGUCUGGUGACUAAAGGAGAAACUGUUACAGAAAUCAGUGAGAGAUUUAAAGAGCGACUGCAGCUGGACAGAAUCAGUGGAGCUUUAACCAUCAGGAACAUCAGCAGAAACCAUUCUGGAGUUUAUUUAUUACAGGUCAUCACUGGACGCACCUCAUCUAGGACUUUCAGUGUCAGUGUUUAUGCUCCAGUAUCGACUCCAGUAAUAAUAAAAAGAGAAAGUCGAAGUGUGGUUUCCACAGAGGCGUGUUCCCCCCUGUGCACUGUGGAGAAUGGAGAAGAUGUGAAGUUAUCCUGGUACAGAGAGAACGAGAGAAUCUCCAUCACCAAUAACACAGAUCUCAGUGUUCCCCUCAAUCUCCCACUUCAAAUACAACACCAUGAUAAUAACACCAACACUUAUAUCUGUGUGUCUGCAAACCCUGUCAGUAAUAAAUCAUCUUCUCUCGACAUCACACAGCUCUGUGAUCAUCUCUCAGGACAAACUGAUCAUUCCCGUUCACUGCUUCCUGUCCUGAUAUCUGCUGGAGGUUUUGUGUUAUUAAUAAUAUCUGUAACGUUGUGGAUUUGGCUGAAAAAGAAAAAGCAGCAAGUUUCUGAGAAACCUGAUGUGACUUACGCUGAUGUGAAUAUUACAGCUCACAGUGCAGAGAGAGUUAAAGAGGAAGAAAAACCCAGAAUAACGCAGGUUGAAGCGGAGUCUGAUCCAGUGGUGUAUGCAGAUGUGAAGAGAUAAGUCAACAUCUGUAUAUCCUUUUUAUUAUUUUAAUGAGUUUUAUUUUUUUAAUUGAACAUACUUCUGUUCACAAUUGGUGAGGGGAUCCAGAUAAUUCCAUGCAUCAAUAUAUCCUCUUUUGAUUAAUAAUUAUAUGUAAUUAUUUAAAAAAUAUAGUAAUAAUAAUAACUGUAGUAGUAAUAAUAAUAAUAAUGAGGACACCUGAAACCGAGACGUGAAGCCAGCCACGUCUUUUUGAAACUGCUGCUCAUGCUGUGUCUCGGGGCGGAGUAACGCACUCAGAGAAACUCACUGUCUGCCUUCUUUGCAUGCAUGAGCUCAAAGACACCCAUGAUUGGCUAGUGUUGCUGUGGAUGACAGGGGAUAGGCCCGGUUGUCGCCACACUCCCACCGGCCUGCACUCACAUUGCACUUUACGUUCCAGGCCUGAGCACGCUUAACGCCAUUAUGAUGCGGCUUUUUGUUUUGAAGGAAACUAUUACACAGCGCAAUGGAGUCCAUCAUAGUAACGCUACUUAUCUUAAAACAUACUUUUUCAGGUUAGAUUUUACUUGACAAUUGAAUGAUUAUUUUUUUGACUGUUGGUACGUCUGCUUAUUGUUUAUGAUUUGUAUGUAUAAGAUUUUUCGGAGGCAGCUGACGGCGGCAUGUUUCGAGUUUCGUGCUCAGUCACGGUUAGUGAUGACACUAGAUGCGUAUCAUGCCUGAGUCCAAUUGAGCCGUGCCUGAGCCCACCUCUACAAGCACGGUAUGGAGCAAUCACACUAGUCAAAUGAAUUGGCUUUUGGGGGUCAAACGGGUGUGGCAUCGUCAGCUUUCAAACACAGAACAUACUGUUUUAUGGAUGCUAACUCACACCCACUACAUCACACACUGACUAAACACAGAAACACCUUCAGCAACAGACUGAAACGUCUGCAUUGUACUAAGGAGUAGGGUUGCACGAUAUACCGGUACUACGAUAGUAUCGCAAUACUAAAGCUUCAAAAUACUGCUGAUGAUACUGUAUUUUUUAAACAGUAGUUUUGUCAAUACAGUAGUACCGUAAGUAAUGUAUGUGCAGCAGUUAAUAGUAUUUUUGCUAAAAUGAUACAUCUCACUGCUUUUGCAGAAUACACAAGUUAGUGAUGCUUCAUGGAACCUAAAUCUUUAAUGAUUUUCUGUUUGCUAAUAAGCGAGCUAACAUCACGCUAACCGCUGUGUGUAAAUACUAUAUUAGCUGAACUGAGCUAAUGCUAUGCUAAACGCUUUGUGUAAAUACUAAAAUUAGCUGUGUUUGCUAGUAAGCAAGCUAAUGUUCCCAAUUUAUUUAAUUUUUUUUUUUUGGAGUUCAUUUCCAAAUUCAGUUAUUUAUUCCUAAUUUUGUGUUCAUUCUUGGUUCUCUGAGGACAAUUCCCACUUGAUUUCAUUGUUCAAGGGAACAGUAGAUGAAAUAAGUUGCACAUUGAAUUAAUUGCUCACCAAUCGUAAGCUUGUUCUCGAGUUUUUCCAGCAGCCAGUUAUUCAUUCUCAUUAAUAAUGUAUUCGGAGGAAAAUUCAGUUUACCUGUAUUCAUUUAUAUUUAUGUAUUUCUGUAAAUUUGGUUCAUUUUAAAGAUUUGAAUUAUGAAUUAACACAAUAUUGUGUGGUAUCAUGAUACUUCAGCUGGUAUAGUAUUGUUUAUGGUAUUGUGAGAACCCUACUCAGGAGUGUCUUGUUUACCAGAAUUGAGACUCUAGAGUAUUCUUACCUACAGCAAUCCUGACCUCCCCAUUGUCCAGACAGAACCAGGACUAGAACCUUGUUGGUGGUGGGGGUGUUAUUAUUGUUGUUUUUGAUGAUGUUAAUGAUGAUGUUGGUGAUGCUGUAAUUGUUGUUGUUGUUAUUAUUAUUAUUAUUAAUUGAUUGAAAUGUUUUAAUAUUUCUUGAAUAUUUGAACAUUUUGUUUAAAUAAACAUCUUAUUUAAAUAUAUUUUUCGAAAUGAGAAAAUAUUAUUACAAGACAAGAGCACGGCUAAUAAUCUCUCUCUCUCUCUCUCUGCCCCAUUUUAAUAAUUAAUUAAAAUGAUGCUGAUAUUUUUCACUGUUCAUUAAUUUUCCCCAACACAGCUUGCUAAGUAUUAUAUCCACAGUUAUGUUAGCCUACAUGUUUAUUAAU